GGAUAUUUUGCUGGGACUUGACAAGUAGAUCCCGGCCGGAAGGAGACGCGAAACGCGCUUAUCGCGAUGCGCGUCGCGUGGUACCUGUCAUUCAGAGCGGAAGCAAGGAAUUAGGUUCAAGAGCUCUUCUCUCCUCUCUCCAGCUAACGUAGCUUAGGUCGCCUGAGCAAAUUCGCUAAAAUCAAUCGAACUGAGCAGAUCUUCGAUCUGUGUGUCUGUCCGUUUCUCCCUACGCUUUCUCAUUCCUCGAGCCUCUCAGUCGUCGCAGCGUUGGCGACAAACGCAGCGUUGACGACAAACGCAGCGUUGGCGACAAUGGCAGCGUCAGCAGCUCUCUCCGCCGCAAGCGUAGCUUCUCAAAAGGGGCAAAUCAUCCCGGCCUCGCAGCUGCGCAAACGAGAUUCCGCCUCCGCCUCCGCCUCCGCCUUGCGUGGAAACCUCUACGUCCAGAUAGGUCCCUCGAGGCCGUCGACAUUAAGAAGGUCGUCGAAUCUCGCCAGCGGAAGAGCCGGAAGCGACGCGUUGGGCAGAUAUGGCGGUGGUGGCGUAUUUCCCCCUGGGAGGAUCGUAUAUUCCGCUAGAACGAAGAGGAACGUGGCCUUAGAUAACGAACGCCGCCUGCUAACGACCGCGCUUCCCGCGACCUCCUCACCGCGGCGCCCCGAGGUCCUAACGUCCAAAUGCCGAUGGCGCCGCCACCACGUUGCUUCCUGCGAACCUUCUUAUUCACCUAACUCCCGAUCCACCUCGCGGGAUUCCGUGAUCGCAUCAGCUUCCGCGAAUCCUGGCGAGAUCCUGGCAGAGUCAGCGCCAACGAGCCACAGCGCGCCUCCCCCAGAAGGCACCUCCCUGUCGUCCCCCGCGUUCGUGGUGUGGGGCGCAAAUACAGGCGUGGGGAAGACACUCGUCUCCGCGGGCCUGGCUGUUGCGCUGCUUGCGCGAGCUGCGCGGGAAGGGGGCGGGGGAGGGGGCGCAGAAGGGGAGAAGGAGGGGGCGACGAAGGGAGAGAAGGCGGGAGAGGAGAAGGGGAAAGCGGGAGCUUUCAUGUGGAGUAUGUGAAGCCAUUGCAGACGGGAUACCCUGAAGAUUCGGAUGCACGCCUCGUGAUGCUGGCUGCUGCACACUGCGUUGGCAGCAGCAGCGGCGGGAGCAGCAGCAGCGACGGCGGCAGCGGUGCCACCACAACCACUACCACCACCACCAGCAACAACAACGGCGCCAGCACCACUCCCUCCCAUUCGCCCUUCCUGCACUUCACCCUACAUUCCCCUAACUACUCUGCCCCCCCCUCCACACACACAAUCUCUUCCCAGUCCUCCUCCUUCACAGAAACACAGGAGCCUUUAAAUAGUCACCCCUCGCUACAAUCACCCAGCGCCACAGUCUCUCUCACCUGCUCCACCCUCUGGGCCUGGAAGGACCCUGUUUCUCCCCACCUCGCUGCCCGGGAAAGCCGGGCAGCUGUGCUGAAAUUUCCAGCGGGAGCAGGAGGUCGGGGAGAGGGUGGGGAGGGAGCAGAGGGAGAGGAUGCAGGGGGGGCCGAGGGAGGGGAGGAAGGGAAGGGUGAGAGGGCAGAGGCGCGAGACGCUGCUUUGGUGGACGCUGUUAGGUCGUCGAUCGGUUGCAAUAGGAGCAGCAGCAGCGACAGCAGUGGUCGAGACAGCAGAAGCAACAGCAGCAGCAGCAGCAGAUGGGUGUUGAUUGAGACAGCAGGUGGCGUGGCGAGCCCUGCGCCCUCAGGAACCCUGCAGGCCGACCUGUACCGACCCCUGCGUCUGCCUUGUAUUCUUGUGGGGGACGGGCGGCUGGGCGGCAUCUCGGUCACUGUAGCUGCAGUUGACAGCCUGUCAGGGCGGGGGUAUGACGUGGCAGCAGUGGUGGUGUGUGGGGACGAGGAGGGACGGCUGGACAAUGCAGAUUAUUUAAAGACGUAUUUGAAGCCAAGAGGGAUUCCAGUCGUCUCCCUGCCUGCUCUCCCCUCACCACCACCCGAAUCUGACUCAACCUCUUCCUCCUCUCCCUCUUCCUCCUCUUCCUCCUCCUCCUCCUCCUCCUCCUCCAGCCUCUUCUCUCCCACCUCCUCUCCCACCUCAAGCACCACUCCCCCUUUCCAGUCCUCCUCUUACUCCACCCUCAACCCGAACCUCCUACAUUGGCUCGGCAAAGCAGAGGGAAGCUUCCAGGAACUUGUGCUAGUGUUGGAACAGUACCACGGGGAGAGGUUGCGGGCUCUUGAACAGGCAGCUGAACGGGCACAUGAAAUUCUCUGGUGGCCGUUCACCCAGCAUGGCAUGGUGGGAGUAGAGGACGUCACAGUCAUCGAUUCCCGGGCAGGCGAAAACUUCUCGGUCUUCCGACCGAACCGGACAGAGCUCCAGAAGGAGGUUCGGACCGAGCCUGGGAAGGAGGCUCGGUUGGAGGAGUGGUUUGAUGGGUGCGCUAGCUGGUGGACCCAAGGGCCCGGCCCGCUGCUACAGGCGGAGCUAUCGAGGGAGAUAGGGUCAGCUAUGGCACGAUAUGGGCAUGUGAUGUUUCCAGAAAACACGCAUGCACUGGCUUUGGAAGCUGCAGAGCUGCUAUUGAAGGGCGUUGGGAAAGGCUGGGCCUCCCGGGUGUUCUUCUCUGACAAUGGCUCUACUGCCAUCGAGGUGGCGCUCAAAAUGGCGUUCCGCUCCUUCUGCGCCCGGAAUGGCAUCGGGGGUGAGGCGGACUCAGCGGCUGCUGGGGCUGGCAGCAACCCCACCGCUUCCCAGCAUCCAGAUCUCAAGGUGAUUGCUCUAACUGGGUCGUACCACGGUGACACGCUGGCAGCCAUGCACGCCCAGUCGCCCUCCCCGUAUACCUCCUUCCAGCAGCAGCCAUGGUACGGAGGCAAGGGCGUGUUCAUAGACCCCCCAACAGUGGAGUACUCCCAAGGCCAAUGGCGGGUCAUCCUGCCUCCGUUGCUUUCCUCCUCCUCCCCUACCACACCCCACCUCUUCUUCUCCUCCUGCACCGACGUCUUUCACACUCAGAGGGACUCCUCCCCUCUGGCUCACCACUACCACUCCUACAUUCACCAGCAGCUGAAGCCCUACCUCCUCCCCUCAGCCUCCUCCUCAGGUGGCCCGUCAGGUGCUCCAUCAGGUGUUUCUUCAGGUGGUUCUGCAGGGGGUCCGUCAGCCACCCUGCUGCCAGCUGCCAUGGCCGCUGCACUUAUCAUCGAACCAGUGCUGCACGGAGCGGGCGGCAUGGUAAUGAUCGACCCGCUGUUUCAGCGCACUCUCGUCUCCUUCUGCCGCUCCCAUUCCAUCCCGGUCAUCUUCGAUGAGGUCUUUGCUGGCUGCUGGCGCCUCGGCUCCCAGUCAGCAGCGGAUCUUCUGGGCUGCUCUCCGGACAUAGCCUGCUAUGCCAAGCUGCUGACAGGUGGCAUGAUCCCAUUGGCCGCCACGCUCGCCUCGGCAUCUGUCUUUGAUUCCUUCUAUGGCUCCUCCAAGUUGGACGCCUUGUUACACGGCCACUCCUACACCGCCCACCCCGCCGGUUGUGCGGCUGCCUGUGUGGCUCUUAAGGCGCUUUCAGACCCCGCUCGCAACCCCAACCUCCUUCCGAACGGCUCUCAGCUAAAAGAGCUGUGGGACCCCUCCCUAGUGGAGCAGAUCUCCAACUGCCCUUCAAUACAGCGCGUGCUGGCUAUAGGCACAGUCUUCGUUGCUGAGCUCAAGACAGAUGGCGCUGGGUAUGGCUCAACGGCAGCCAAGGGUCUGCUGGCGCGGCUGCGGCAUCACGGCAUAUACGCACGGCCACUGGGCAAUGUGGUCUACCUCAUGUGUGGCCCCUUCACCCCUCCUGCCGCAUGCUCCCGUCUACUGCGCACCCUCCUAGCGCUGCUGGAGUAGACAUAUGAUGCAGCGUUGCACUGGUCUGUCCGUGCUCUUUAUAAGGCGCUUCAAAAAUAGACUCCUAGCACUGCUUGAGUAUACACGUGACGUGACGCAGCGUUGCUGUGAUUUGUUGUGUUGUAAUGACUAGGGAGGGACCAAUAAAGGUGGAACUGUACUACACGUUCUACAGCGAUGUUAGCAUUAUGACGUUUUAGGUGGGAGCAGGCUGUCAACUCAAACAUAUUUGCAUAUGUAGCAGUUAUAGGCUAGAAGGGUUUGUGCUCUUAGAGAGUACAACACCCAACCAUAUAUUUCCUUGUACCGGUAUGUCUACAUUCUAGU